GAAGUGGGUGGGUAGCCAGGUCAUAAUGGUUGGUAUGGUCUGGGUUGGCAUUCCUGUGUGUGGCAUGGAUCAGCCCAGCACCGGAUUUAGGGCAGUGUCGGGCGGUUCCACAUCACAAGGCACUGAGUCGAAGGAUGAUGAUGAUGAUGAUGAUGAUGAUAUCUUUUAUUUAUGUGGGUACCUACUGAGAAGAUCGGUUAAAAAGCAAUCGUACCAAAAUGAAUUAUUGUCAAUUUUAAAAAAACAUCUGUAUUGGAAGUUCAAAGAGUACGUAAUUAUAUGUACACUAAACAUUGUAAGACGUAAAUAAACCCGUGCAGGAAGGGGGGGAGGGGGAAAGACCCAGUAUUCUUACAAAUACUGUAAUAGGUUAGGAUCUGGUGAAGUACAACAACAACCUUUUAAAGUAUACAGUUUUGGGUUUCCCACUCCCCCCUUUAUGAAUUAUUGUCAAAUUAACAUUUGGGGGGGGGUGUUUACCAAAUUUCAUCCUCACAGUGCUAUAUUACACAGGAGCAAAACUAGGCGUUACUUCACAAGGGUCAAAGACCCAGUUUGGCACCGCCCCUCGUGCACAUUUGUGGGCGCUGGUGUUCGAAACUCCCACUGUUCCAGGCGUGUUUUGCGACAGGAAAUUUCACUAGCGCGAGCUGUUUUUGAGCUCUGGGUACAGUACUGUGCCUAAGAUUUCAGAUUAAAACUCUGGAGUGGAAGGAAAAGAGGACCUUUUUCUGCGUCCCCACUUCCAGCUACUCUCUGAAGACUGGAGAAGAAACCCUCUUAAGAAUAUUAGGGGGGUAGGCAGGGUAAGGACUAGACCAUGUGGAAAAUGAACGUAAUAUUUUAGCUGCUGUUCAUUCAUUUUCAACUUUGUAUUGUUGUUAGGUUUAAGCUCCUGGCUUUCACAUCUCAGUUUCUAACACUGGCAUGUAAACACACACACACACACAGAGAGAGAGACAGAGACAGAGACAGAGACAGAGAGACAGACAGAGAGACACAGACAGGUUGGGAGCCUCAAUGGCACCCCUCUAGGCUUCACCCAGGGCAAAAAAAACCUGGCUAGCUCUUGCAUAGCUACGGCACUGUAUUGCCAAAGUUCGCCCCUGGAUAGUCAUGACUUUUCACAAGGGGACACUUUGAGGAUUUGGUCAAGGAUAGUGAGCCAGUGCAUUGCCUCCUCUUCUCCAUCUGCCAGCCUGCAACAUCUAAUGCCAUAGGGCCAACAGAUUGAUCCUAUAUAUCCUCCAGCAACAGGACAUUUACCAGGUGCAGCAAUGCUGACUUCUGUGGCGCUGAUCUCCUUUGCAUCAUCACAUGUUUGAAGCUACAUGCACAGGACACAUCUUGUUUUGGUUUAUAUUUGACAACUGGAGGGCAAGGGAGUGCCUAGCUGAGAGAUAGGUUUGGAUCAAGUUCUUGAUUCCUCAUUUAUGGUGAAUGUGAGAUUGGGGACGGGGGGACGGGGACAGGGACUGCAUGGUUUGACUUGUCAGGUAAGAAGGGACUGGGUUUGACUCCUCAGUUGCAGUAGACCAUAUGUGGUCGUUUGUCUGUCUUUACACAGCGGGAUUGAUUCCUGACAAUAAAAAUAGGUUUAUUAUUUACUUAUGACAUUUAUAUACUGCUUAACUAUUUCCAUUUAUAAGCAGUGUGCCUAAAAACAGUCCACAGAAAGUGAGACAACAAAAUGGGUUCUGUAGAUAGUCCUAAAAUUGUCUGCCUUAAGUUGUUAAGGGAGUGUUUUGCUGCAUAUAUGGAGGGGAAGGGAGAGAGGAGGUGUCAUGUUUGCUAUGGAAGAGGUCGGAUGACUUUUUUGGUGGAGAUAUUUGUGCAGAGAAAUGUGCAUUUUCAAAUAUAGUUUUGUGGUUGCCAAAAAUUAAACACAUUUCCCAGCCCUAUUGCUGUAUGCAUGGGGAAGCAACAGGUGCUGGUGAAAAGUAAUAGAAAUAGUAUUCUGGGAUGUCAUGUUACUGUGACUGGGUACAUUUGACAUAUUAUAUGUUAUAAUGCAUAUCUGGUUUAAGGAGCUGUUUGGUGCCUAGCUGAUAUAUUUAAGUUUCUAACACUGGUCCACAUGCACUGCAUAUAGACAUAGAGACGAGAUAGUCUUCGUCAAGGACACGAAGCUUGAUCAUUUAUUUAGAUUCUGGUGCAGCAAUCCUACAUAUUCUUUUUUUGGAAUUGAGUCCCAUUUUUUGGGGGGGGGAAGAGACUUACCAUUGAGUAAACAUCACUCGUAGCCAAGUAAGAUUGUCUUCCAUGAACAUGGUCUUCACAGUGAGUCCGCAAGUGACUGUGGAGGCCAAUUCUGGAUCCACACAUCUCCACAGUGGAGACAUAGGUUUCCGCGCAGGAGUUGACGAUGAGGAUUUGCCAAGCGUGCCUUCCUCUUAGCACAUUUCUCCCUUUCGACUUGAGUUUGAGUGUCUUCAAAGUCCAUCACGCCUUUAGCAGAGGCCAGUUGGAGUGCUCGCAGGCCAGUGUUCACCAGUUGUCAGUGUUUAUACUACAUUUUUUCAAAGAUUUGCCUUGAGAGCAUCUUUGAACCUCUUUUGUUGUCCACUGACAUUACGCUUUCCAUUCUUAUGUUGGGAAUAGAGUAAGAGCUGGUAUAACUGGACAACAUAGUGCUUUUCCUUUGAAUGGAAUGUAAAUAAGAAACUAAAUGGAUGGAAUGGAAUGGAAUGGAAAUGAAAGAAACUAAAUAAAUUUAUAGACCACUUCAAAACAUAAAGCCAUCAAUGUGGUGUGUGUACACGUAGAAACAGAAUUAAAUGUUAUGCUGUUACAAAGGAGCAAGUAUCAUAUGCUUUAUCUGCAAACAGUUGGACCAUUUAGAGAAUGACAUUUUGGAGUGCUCUUAACUCCUUCAACUGCAGCAUGAGGGAACCUGCCCAAAGUUCUGCAGUUCUAUGUAUGUAGCCUCAAAUGUGUGUGAGGCUGCAAUGGAGAUCAGUGGCUUAGAAGCUGGCAAUGAUGUGACGAUGCAUGCCAUUUGAAAUCUGUAUUGGAGGAUUGAAGGAUAUUUAGGAACAAGUUGCAUAAAAAAUACUGGAUUGGUAAAGGCACUCCAUAAGCUCGUAGAUAUGCUUUACUUUAAAGUAGUGUAUUUCUGAAGUUUUUAAAACUCACUGCUAUUCGCCAUCCUCCGGUUUGGAUUGGAUGCUGGUGGAGUGCUGAAAACUGCAAACAGCCCUUUUUUUGAGUAGGCCAUCAUAUGUCCUCCUGUGAAUUAUUUCAUUCCGAUAAAUAAAAUCCUUUGUGAAUGUCAGUUCACAUUACAAAAUGUUUGUAAAUAGGGCUGAGUGAAACUGUUAUUUCAGGCUUCUAAAACUUGGCUGAAAGAAUCCAGGAGAAUUAUUCUCCCUUUUGGAUUAAAAUCCAAGUCAAUACAAUAAUUUCUGUCCCAGAGCCUUUUCCCAGCUGGGAAGUAGCAAAUAGCCAUGGGGAAAGAGAAGGAAAGAGAUUUCCAAAAAGAGUUCCAGCAGUGCUUUUCAGGAAAACUAUGGUACAUUUCCCAGAGACUCCUGUACUGCACUGGAGAAACUUUCCUCCUUUGCACACCCCAUAGCUAUUUGCUGUUCUUGGAGCAGUAUAACUGGCUGACCAGCCAGGUAACUACCGUAUGUAUAUGCCCUGUUUCAUCACAGAGUGGUUCAAACAUAACUGGGGGUUAGAGAGAAGGAAUAAGUAGGGUUGGGGAUUAAGGUGGGAUAAAGGCAUUUGGGGGUUUACAGAGCUUAGAUCAGCUAAUUUGAAUUAGCGCUGAAAAGGAGUGAAGAACUUUCCUGAUUUGGGAGGGAAUGUCUUGCCUCGUUUCCAAGCUUGUUUGAUGCAACUUAAGCUGCCUCUAAUUGCAAUAGCUAUUUCUAAAACAAAAUUUAUCCUUGUCCUAACAAUUGCUGAGUAGAGAAGAUUUCAUUUUUUUCGUAUGUGGAAUUGUUCUUUGUAUAUAUGUUCAAUAUUCACUGCUCAUUCUUAGAUCAGUGGUUUUUAUAGGGAAGUCAUGUAACACUGCAGAACCUUGUUUUCUUUGGUAAAUUAUAGAAAAUUUUGCUUAUUUUAGCAGAAACGAGCUACUAGAUGUAGAAGGAAAGUGGGGCGUUGAUGUAGAAAAUGCCUCUAAGGGACAAGUGUUGUCAGACUGACCACCAUCACCAUGGCUGCUGUGAACCAGUGCAUAUACUGGAACCUGGAGAUCAUCCUUUAUUGCAGCAGCCUCUUCAGACAUCAAAAUCCGGCAUUCAGCAAAUUAUUGAAUGUUUUCGAUCAGGAACUAAGCAACUUAAACAUAUUUUGCUGAAAGAUGUGGACACCAUCUUCGAAUGUAAAUUGUGCCGCAGCCUCUUCAGAGGACUUCCAAAUUUAAUAACCCACAAGAAGUUCUACUGUCCUCCAAGUCUCCGGAUGGAUGACAACUCUCCUGAUGUAAAUGACAAGCAGAGCCAAGCCAUAAGUGAUCUCCUGGAAGCUAUGUAUCCUAGAGUGGACAAGCAAGACUAUAUAAUCCGUUUGGAACCCAUAGAGACAAACAGGAAUGCUGUAUUUCAAUAUGUUUCAAAGGCUGAUAGCACAGUUGAGAACAUUGAGAUGACUGUCACCACUGAACCAGCUCCUGUAGUAGAAUCACCAGAACCUACCGCAGAGCCUCCUAAAGCGGUUCCUAGUCCUUCACAGGAAGAAACUGCAGAGAUUCCUGUCGCUGCUGCUGCUAGCAAGGUAAUAUUGACUUCAGAAGAACCGUCCCUGUCCUCGAAGCCUAAGCUGGAAUGCGAUAAACCAGAUUUGGGUCAUCAGUUAAUUUGCUGCCUCUGUAAAAAAGAAUUUCAUUCCAGACGCAGUGUACGCCGACAUAUUAGAAAAGUACACAAGAAGAAGAUGGAAGAACUGAAGAAAUUUAUUGAAAUUAAAAGGCGGCCAAAUCAGACAUCUGGAAGGGGGCGCAAUAAGAACAUUCUUGUAACAUUGGGUAGGAGCUGUCCUGUAUGCUAUAAAUCCUUUGCUACAAAAGCCAAUGUUAGGAGGCAUUUUGAUGAAGUUCACAGGGGACUGAGGAGGGAUUCCAUAACUCCUGACAUAGCUACAAAGCCUGGGGAACCUUUGUCCUUGGAAUCGGCUAAAAAAUCUAUUAAGACCCGAAAACAAAAGUCCCUUAAGGCUGAAUACAACUUAACCACCUGCAAAUGCCUCUUGUGCAAGAGGAAAUAUAGUUCGCAGGUAAUGCUUAAAAGGCAUAUGCAGAUUGUUCACAAGAUAACCCUUUCAGCAAAAAAUGCUAAAAAAGAGAAAAAGCCCAAUAACGCAGUUAGCACAGACGUGAAAGAUAAAACUGAACCAGCAGAAUCUGCAGAAUCGGUGCCUCCCAUCAUCAGCUCCCCGCAGAAUGAAACAAAGGGAACAAAUUAUUCAAAUGAAAGAAAGAAUGCCUCCUCAUUGGCUGAGAAAAAGAAUGCCUCAUCAUUGGCUGAGAAAAAGAAUGCCUCGUCAUCCACCGAACGAAAGAAUGCAUCAUCUGCCGAACGAAAGAAUGCCUCAUCAUCCGCUGAACGGAAGAAUGCAUCAUCUGCUGAACGGAAGAAUGCAUCAUCUGCCGAAAGAAAGAAUACCUCGUCAUCUGCUGAACGGAAGAAUGCAUCAUCUGCUGAACGGAAGAAUGCAUCUUCUGCCGAACGAAAGAAUGCCUCGUCAUCCGCUGAACGGAAGAAUGCAUCAUCUGCUGAACGGAAAAAUGCAUCUUCUUCAACUGAAAGAAAGAGCGCACCACCCACAAAGAAAAACAAAGGUAAGCAGAGCUCUGAAAAUUCUAAGUCAAGUAACCAGUCCAUUGCAAGUGGUCUCAGAAAGCCCAGGAAGCCAAGACUUUCCGUUGGCUUUGAUUUUAAAAAGCUUUACUGCAAACUCUGUAAACGCCAAUUUACGUCCAAGCAAAAUCUAACGAAGCAUAUUGAGUUGCACACGGAUGGAAAUAACAUUUUUGUGAAAUUCUACCGGUGCCCGCUCUGCCCUUACGAAACCCGCCGGAAGCGCGACGUGAUAAGACAUAUAACCGUAGUACACAAAAAGUCUUCGCGUUACCUUGGCAAGAUAACGGCAAGCUUGGAAAUCAGAGCGGUGAAAAAACCCAUUGACUGCGUUUUAAACAAGGUGACGAGAAGAGGCCCUCAGAGGGAUGAAGGUAAACAAAAUGGUUCAAAGCAGGACGUCACCUCUAACUCACCAAGCAAGAAGUAUGAAGGGGCUGAUGUUGGCAUUGAAGUGAAAGUCACAAAGAAUUUCUCUCUGCACAGAUGCAAUAAAUGUGGGAAAGCAUUUGCCAAAAAGACUUUCCUAGAGCAUCACAAGAAGACUCAUAAGGCAAAUGCGUCACAUUCGCCCGAAGAAAACAAUACAACCAAAGGCAGAAGCACAAGAUCUAAAGCUCUUGUCUGCUGAGGAGCAACUAGUGCCUUCUAAAACGUUUGCCUGGAUUUUCCAUUGGAGUUUCUAGCUCAGACUCUGAUGCUGUGGAACAUAAAAAAGAAUAUUGCAUUUAUUCUCUUCAGCCACGUAUUUAUAGGAUUAAACAUGAAUUUGUCUUUGUUCAAGAAAGUGAACCUAGCACAGUUGUACAUGGUCGGUUCCUGAAAGUUUAAUUAUAUUCUGUAACAAGUUGUUUGGGGCAUAAUGUUUAGCGGUAGGGACCGUAGUUCCAAAGGUUUUUUAAAUUAACUUUGCACUUCAUUGGUACUGACUAGGUAGAGGAAAGCCUUGAUGGGCUUGAAAUAGCCUGUUAGUGCUGUGUUUGCCUAACUGUGGUUUUAGUCUGUUAGCAAAUAUUUCUGGCAUAUAGAGUUUUUGCAUAAAUGCUCGUGUACUUAAGAUGAGGAUAAAUUUAGGGUAUAUAGCUCUAUAGUUUAGAGUCAACACUUUUGCUUUAAAAUUCCGUCUCUCUUUUUGACACAAUGUCCAUUCCUCUUAGAGAAACUAACAUCUCAGUUUUUUCUGAGCUAGAAUUAUGGUACCUGGACCUUUAUAGCUAGCAUUUAAACCAUAAUGUUUGUUACCAUGUACCCUGUUUAGAAACCUGCGGGUGGGGAUAUUGGAUAUUUUAUAGUUCAGUGGCAAUUUUACAUGACAUACAAAUCAACAGUCUUAACCAGCUUCAAUUGAAGUGUUAUUGGGCAACCAGCCAUCGAGGAGAGAAUAGUUGUUGUUGUUGUUUUUUUAUUGCUACUUUAUACAAAAGAUUAUUAAUCUCUAACAGAUGUUUAUUAAGAGUAUAUCUAUGUUGAUCAUUCAGAUCCAAAGUUCCCAUUAGGUGAAGGCAUCUUCCCAGAGUUAAACCACCUGUGGAUUCUGGUUUUAAUGUGAAAAGGUUAUAUGUAGACAAGCUUCCAACUAUUUGGGAGCCACCCUCAGGGUUCUGGGGGGAAGUUGGUGGGUUGUUUCAUUUUGUCUUUUAAAGGCUAAAUAAUAAGUAUAUGGGUUAUUCUUACCAAAACCACAGUCAGCUUAUUGGACACAGAAAGUGCUUCUGGCUUUUGUGUGGAAAACGUUCAUGCUGCCUACAAGUAAAGCCCCCUUUUUAAGUUGGCUAAAUAUUAUAUUGUUAUAUGUAUUUCUCCUUAACAUGAGAUGAUGUGUGGUAAAAUUUGGAGUUAGAACCACUAAUAUCUUGAAAUAGUACUAUGAGAGGAAAUAUUUUUAUAAGCUAUUUUCUUAGUAAAUGUAUUGAUUGUUCAUAAAAGGUAACGUCUUGUCUGAGUUUUUCAAGAGCGAUUAAACUCCAUUAAAAAAUAGCCCUUUGAAUUAAUAGCCAGCUUUCUUAUUUCAUGUGUGCAGUAGUGCUGGUAACAGAAAAAUGAACAUUUUAAAAGGGAAAUUUUGCAAACCAUUUUUGAAGACCUGUUCUUUUUAAGGAAAUUAUCAACUUGGAGCAUGCGUUCCGGACUUGGCCCUUACUUAAUUCUAAUUUUGCUGAACAGAUUUUACUUCCGUUGUGAUAUACUACUAAGCAAACACUUGUUGUGUGAUGUACUUUAAAAAAUUUUUUUUUUUACAGAUGAAUGUAUAUGAGCAGUUUCUUAGCGUAAUUCGAAUGACCUGCAAUUUGAAUUGUAAUAUUUUUUAGCAUUGGCGCUAAUUUCAAUUCAUGGUUCAAUACUUUUUUGGGAGUAUUAAGUUUGACUGUACUGAACUUGCUGCAAAAAAAAAAUGUACAGUAUAGUAAUUUUGCAUGGUUAGCAUAUUGGUCAGUCUUUCAUGUGGAAGUUUACAAGUGACCCAUAUUCCCCUAUUUUAAUUGUUGCUGUUUUUUUUU